UAUCAAGAAGAAAACUACAUCUUCCGGGUAACAAGCUUAGCGCGCCAUAAGUAUUUGAACGAUACUUUCCUGUCUGGUUUGUUCCUUCUGAAGACGGCUUCAUUCCUCUGGGAAUGUCCACACUAGAACGAACCUACGGUGACGGGAAACGACCCCCGCCGGUUAAAGUCCUGUCUGGUCAGCUGAGAGCGGCGGGAAUCCGGGGUGCCGUUGACAGCGGGGAGGGAUACAUGAUCAGAGCAGGCAGGGGUCGCUCUCUGCGUGUGUCUUUGGUGUGGAUGCAGGGCACUGUGUUGGAGGUCCAGCUGGACAGGAACACGGUACUGCUGAUGGACGAGACGGGGACCUUUGCGGUUCAGGGCGUUAACAACAUCCCCAAAGGGAAACCGUGUUUGCUCCCAGGCAAAUAUGUGAUGGUGAUGGGUGUCGUCCAGGCGGUUUCCCCGGAGCCGGUUAUCCGUGCUGUGAAGAUGGCAGACCUCUCAGAGUUUGCUGCGCUCCACAGACAGAUGUGGAAGCUGGAGGUGGAGGAGCUGCAGCAGGUAUUAGCCUGACUGUCGGACUCAGACGUAUAUGUACAACUACCUGCACGAAGCAGGUGCAGCUACAUGACUAAAUGAUGCAUUUAUGACUAAAGUCUUGAAGCUCGCCUUAUCAGGAUGUGUUGGAGCUCCCGAAUGUUUUACCUCUGUUAUUUUGCUAUGUUUUAUGUCAUUACAUUUGUAAAUGUUUUUUUUUUACAUGUAUCAGAGCUGCAGUGAUUUGUCCAUGUAAGGCAGAUGCUUCUUAAAACUUAUUAAAACACAGUUUCAGUAGAUAAAAAAA